AUGAGGUCAAGUAUAACUGAGCAUGUUGACCACAUGAGGUCAAGUAUAGCUGAGCAUGUUCACCAGAUGAGGUCAAGUAUAGCUGAAUAUGUUGACCACAUGAGGUCAAGUAUACCUGAGCAUGUUGACCACAUGAGGUCAAGUAUAACUGAGCAUGUUGACCACAUGAGGUCAAGUAUAGCUGAGCAUGUUCACCAGAUGAGGUCAAGUAUAGCUGAAUAUGUUGACCACAUGAGGUCAAGUAUACCUGAGCAUGUUGACCACAUGAGGUCAAAGCAAGGGACUAGUGGGCAGACCAACAGAGCAGAGCAACAGGACCAGGAGGCAGAGCAACAGAGCAGAGCAACAGGACCCGGAGGCAGAGCAACAGAGCAGAGCAACAGGACCCGGAGGCAGAGCAACAGAGCAGAGCAACAGGACCAGGAGGCAGAGCAACAGAGCAGAGCAACAGGACCAGGAGGCAGAGCAACAGGACCAGGAGGCAGAGCAACAGGACCAGGAGGCAGAGCAACAGAGCAGAGUAACAGGACCAGGAGGCAGAGCAACAGAGCAGAGCAACAGGACCAGGAGGCAGAGCAACAGGACCAGGAGGCAGAGCAACAGAGCAGAGCAACAGGACCAGGAGGCAGAGCAACAGAGCAGAGCAACAGGACCAGGAGGCAGAGCAACAGAGCAGAGCAACAGGACCAGGAGGCAGAGCAACAGGACCAGGAGGCAGAGCAACAGGACGAGGAGGCAGAGCAACAGAGCAGAGCAACAGGACCAAGAAGCAGAGCAACAGAGCAGAGCAACAGGACCAAGAAGCAGAGCAACAGAGCAGAGCAACAGGACCAGGAGGCAGAGCAACAGAGCAGAGCAACAGAGCAGAGCAUCUCUUCCUCUACUCUUGGAUAUUCGACCAUGCGGAAAGUUUUCCAGCUCUUCCCAGAAUUAAUCGUUCAUCUUCGCCUCCUUCUAUACCAUUAUUACCCGCAAGUUUUUACAUUACGGAAACUUGAAAAAUUAGCCAAAUUCGGGGCUAGAGAGUGA